AUGGGCUGGACUAUGAUUCUGAAAGAUGACUGUGGGGUCAUUGCCUGGACAUGGCGCACGGGGAGCCAUCUUCCCCUCCUCUUCCUCUUGUCUCUCGUUUCGACUCAAGUCAAGCCUGACAUGGAGUUUCACAAAGACCAUCACUUCUCAUGGAAAACAGGUCAGUGGGGGCCAUGCAUCGGGGAGGAGUGUGGAUCCGACGGAAUUCAGACCAGGACGGUAUGGUGUGUCCACUCCGAGGGCUGGACCACCCACCACUCCCACUGCCUGCACAGCGACAAGCCUGAGAGCCAGCGCCGCUGCUUCAAGGUCUGUGAGUGGCACCAGGACCUCUUCGAGUGGGAGCUGUCUGACUGGGGGAGCUGCGUCCUCGUCCCUUUCUUUUCCAACGAGCUCAAGCUGAGGACCGGGGACUGCGUCACCGCGCAGCACGGCAUCCAGAGGCGCAAGGUUACAUGCGUGCGCACCUCCAAUCGCACCGCGGUUACCAUGAGGAUAUGUGAAUUCUUUUCCCAGAGGCCAGCUGGGGAGCAGGCGUGCCUCAUCCCCUGCCCUCAGGACUGCGUGGUGUCUGACUUCACCUCCUGGUCCGGCUGCAGCAAGACCUGUGGCGUGGGCCUGCAGCACCGGACUCGACACGUCCUGGCCACGCCCAUGUACGGAGGAGCUAACUGCCCCAACCUGACCCAGACCAGGGCUUGCUCCAACCCCGCGGCCUGCCCCGUGGGGGAAAGCGAGCACCGCUACAGCCUUAAAGUAGGACCCUGGAGCAAGUGUCGCCUGCCCCACCAUAAAGGCGUCCUGCUUAGCGGGAGGACCACGGUGGAUUUCACCUCGGGCUCCCAGGAGAAAAAUACAGUCAAACGUCACACACAAGCACCCUAUCAUCACCAACACCAGCACCACCAUCAUCCUCCUCCUCCUACUCCUCGUGCCAGUAGAUAUCCCAUGUCAUGGGAGUUGGAGGUCGGCCACCAGACACGACAGGUUCGCUGCACACGGAGCGACGGCAGGAACGCCAUGCUAAGUCUGUGUACCCGAGAAAAGUCCCCCUUGACCUUCCAGGCCUGUGUGAUGCCCAAAGACUGCGACACAUCCGACUGGUCAGCGUGGAGCCCCUGCUCCAAGACUUGUCACGCCUCCGACCUGUCGCCCGGGUACCGGCUGCGCACACGGAUGAUGACGCAGAUCCCCGUCGGCGGCGGGGAACGCUGUCCCGCCCUCGAGGAAAAGGAGGCGUGCAACAUCAUGGGAGAUUUACUCCCCAACUGCCCAAGGUAUGCUUGGAGGACCACAGACUGGGGGGAGUGUCGCAUCGCCCCCUUGUUGAGCCAGCAGGACCGCAGGCUGGGCAACAUCAGUAUUCUGUGUGGGGGAGGCAUCCAGACCCGGGAGACCUACUGUGUCCAAGUCCCCGACGACUCAGCCGCACAUCACAAGAGGGAGGUGUCCAGGCCCGUGAGUACGGCGCUCUGUGCCGGCCUGGAGCCUCCCUCGGCUGUCCAGCCCUGCACCGUCUCCUGCUCACACGACUGCCUGCUCUCCCCCUGGUCUUCCUGGGGAGCCUGCCUUCAUGACCACUGCAAGGAGCUACAGGGACGCAAAGGUUUCAAGCAAAGGAGACGACAAGUGUUAUGGGAGCCCGGCGGUCCUCCAGAGAGCUGUGCUCACCUGGUGGAGGCCAUCCCUUGUGAGGAUCCUGAGUGUUAUCGGUGGCAGGUCCAACCAGCAGCGACAUGCACACCCACCCAGGGUGCCUGUGGUCCGGGGAUCAGAGUGCAGAAUGUCACCUGUGUCACUGUUGAAGGUACUGAGGUGUCCAGCAGCCAGUGUGUGGGGGAGCGGCCCCCCGCUCAGGGCUCCUGCGAGGUGGCCUGCCCUGGAGGAUGCGUGGUUGGCCCCUGGUCCUCCUGGUCCUCCUGCUCCCACAGCUGUGCCGCCAAGAACGCAGAGGGUCGCCAGAGCCGCACACGCCACGUGCUGGCCCUCCCCGCAAACGGAGGGAAAGAGUGUCCGACAGCUCCGGCCCUGGAGGACUGGAGGGUCUGUAAUGACCAUCCGUGUAUGGUUUUCUACUGGGAAGCCUCAGCAUGGGGCCCCUGCAUCGAAGACGCUUCCAUGAAUCUCAAUGGGACCAGCUUUUGGAACGGCACUGCCGCCUGUGCCGUCGGAGUCCAGAUCCGUAAGAUCAACUGCAUGAAGAAGAACACCGGGCAGGUCGUAAGUAAAAGGUGUCCAGAUUCUGCACGUCCGGAGACGGUACGACCCUGCCUCCUGCCCUGUAAGAAAGACUGCAUUGUAACCCCUUUCAGUGAAUGGACCGCCUGUCCCUCAAACUGCAUGCCAGCGAAUGCAACGGUGGCCACGCAGUCUCGAUACAGGACGGUCAUUCAGAGGUCCGCCAAUGGAGGGCAAGAGUGUCCAGACACACUGUUUGAAGAGAGGGAAUGUGAACCACUUCCUGUGUGUCCAGUCUACAGGUGGAAGACACACAAGUGGCACACUUGUACACUGGUUCCAGAUUCUGUUCGACAAGGGAUGGCCGGACCUGCGGACCUUUGUGGAGAUGGUCUAGAGACAAGAGGGGCCAGCUGUGUGGGGGAGGACGGGGAGCCGGCCGACAUGACGGAGUGCCUGCAGUGGGCUGGCGCCUUGCCCUCUCUGAGCAGAGGGUGUCGGGUGGCCUGCAAGGACGACUGUACCCUCACCGCCUGGUCCAGGUUUUCUGAGUGCACCGGCUGCGGCAGCUCCCGAAGCCGCAAGCGCUCGCUCACAGGGCGCAGUAAGAAGAGGGAGCGCUGUCUGAAUGAGGAGCUGUAUCCAUUGGUGGAGACAGAGCCAUGCCCUUGUGAUGGUUUCUUGUCCCAGCCUUAUGGGAACUGGUCCUCCUGCAUCAUUCCAUCUCCCCUGGCUGCCGAGGCUCUGCAGGGCUGGAGGAGCCGCUGGGAGGUGAAAGAAUGUGGCCAGGGCCUGCGCUACAGGGCUGUGGCCUGCGUUGACCAGCAGAGCCACCUACACAACCCCACGCUUUGUACUGACUCAGGGUACAUGGUGGAGGUGUGCCACAUCACUUGCCCAUUGGACUGUAAACUGAGUGACUGGUCAGCAUGGUCAGCCUGCAGUGCCUCUUGUGGCAGUGGGCUGAAGGUCAGGUCCAAGUGGCUGCGAGAGAAGGCCUUCAACGGGGGACGACCUUGCCCUAAACUAGAUCUAAAGAACCAGGUGUAUGAAGCCGUGCCGUGCCACAGUGAAUGCGGCCAGUACGAGUGGAAGACAGAGCCCUGGUCCAUUUGCACCAUCAACUUGGUGAAUGAGCUGCCAGCCUGCGGGGAAGGGGUUCAGAGCCGCAAAAUCAGGUGUGUGAAGAGGGAGGCGGAGGGGGGGGAGGCCAGCAGUGUGGAUGACAGUCUGUGUGAUCCAGAAGACAUGCCUCCCAGAGCCCAGGUCUGCUCCCUGCCCUGCCCUGAGGACUGUGUUGUGUCCCCUUGGGGUCCCUGGAGCAACUGCCCCAUGCCAUGUCUCCAGGGCACAUCAAGAAGCAGAACCAGACACGUCCUCCGCCUCCCAGCAUCAGAAGUCUCAGCCUGCCCAGAACUGGUCCAGUCAGAGCCCUGCAUCCUCAACAGCACCUGCUUCACUUACCAGUACACAUACUCAGACUGGAGCACAUGCCAGCUAAGUGAAAAUGCCAUCUGCGGCCCGGGCUCACGGUCACGCCUCCUGGACUGCGUUCGCAGUGAUGGGAAGGUGGUGGAGCGGAGCGUGUGCGAGCAGUUGGGUUUGGUCAACGAGCAGAAGCUCUUGGGAAGCUGCGUGGUCAACUGUCCGGUCAACUGUGUGCUCUCUGACUGGUCGGCUUGGGCAAAAUGCUCACACACCUGUGGGAGUCAAGGUCAAACAAUGCGGUCCCGCAGGAUCCUCCAGCAGGCCCAUGAACUGGGUAGGCCUUGUCCCGCCCAGUUAACACAGACCAAGCCCUGCCCCAUACAGCCUUGUUACACCUGGCUGCUCAGUGACUGGUCUCCCUGCACUGUGGAGGGAGCAGAGUGCGGUGAAGGCCUUCGCAGGAGGAACCUAACGUGUAUGGUCCAUCGGGGUGACUGGCCUGAUUCCACCACUCCUAAACCAGUUGAGGAGCAGCUAUGUGGAGACAAAAUAGUGAAGCAAAGCCAACAGGAACUAGAAUUGCCCUGCUUUGUUCCUUGCCCAGGAGACUGCCACUUGACAGAGUGGUCAUUGUGGAGCUCAUGCCAACUUACCUGUCUGGAGGGACGGAGCUUUGAGACUACUGGUCGCCAAGCCCGUUCCAGAUCUGUGGUCAUACAAGUCAUGGAGAACCAGGAAAACUGCCCACACCAGGUGUUUGAGACCCAAUCUUGCAAAGAGGGAAAAUGCCACAGCUACGAAUGGAGAACCGGAGGAUGGAGUGACAAUCAAAGGACUGUAUGGUGUCAGCGCUCGGAUGGAGUCAAUGUCACAGGGGGAUGUUUCCAACAGAACAGGCCAACCACGAUCAGACACUGCCAUCCGCCCUGCACCAAACCCUUCUCCCACUGCACGCCGAGUGGAGUGUGUGGGUGUGAGAAAGGUUACACAGAGGUGAUGACAACACACGGCUUUCUGGACUACUGUACCAGAACCCCAGGGGCUGACAACAAGAAGGCUGAUGUGAAGACCAACUCGGGAAGAGUCAAACCAGGACCAUCUCAGGCCCAGGACUUUCUUAGCGAAUGGACCUUUCGGCCCGUUGGCCCGGAUGGAAGAUUAAAGCUGUGGGUUUACGGUGUGACUGCUGUUGGAUUCAUCUUAAUACUUUUCAUUAUUGCGCUUUCAUUCCUGGUCUGCAAACCUUCCAAAAUGGCAAAGACGGCCUCUCCACCACAGAAGCCCCUGACCCUGGCUUAUGAUGGUGAUGUGGACAUGUGA